UCAUUCGAAUUUUGCGUUCAAAUUCCUCAGCUUGUUGAAAAAGUGUUAGUUCCAUUCGAGAAGAGUGUGACAAUGUCACUUUUAGCAAUAUGGUAAAUCGAACGUUCUUCUACAACAACUAUUUAAUAUUUAUGGAACUGUCGUACUUUUGCGUGGUCUAGUGAACGAAAACUUAGUGCCUGCAUUAAAUUUGUUUUUGUGCGUACAAAAACCAAAAACUGAUAAACUGAGUGUUCUCGCAUAAAAAAAGAACUGAGACAAAAUGGUGCAGUUUACUAAACGACAGUGGCUGACGUUGAUCGUGAUCAGUAUAGCUGACUUCUGUAAUGCUAUUUGUGUGUCAUUACAAGCACCCUUUUAUCCAGCUGAAGCUGAACGCAAAGGAUGUUCCGCAACAGAAUAUGGUCUAGUAUUUGGUAUUUUCGAAUUAGUUGUUUUUCUAAUAAGUCCUGUAUAUGGGCAACACUUGAACAAAAUAGGGCCAAAGGUAACUUUCAAUGGAGGAAUAUACACAACCGGAAUUUGUGCCAUUUUAUUUGGGCUCCUGGAUAAGAUUGAUGGGCAUUACCCUUUCAUUAUUUUAAGCUUCAUUAUAAGAAUUGUUGAAGCAAUGGGUAACGCUGCUUUUCUAACAGCAAGUUUUGCCAUCAUUGCUAAAGAGUUUCCUGAUAAUGUGGCAACGACUUUUGCUUCUCUGGAAACCUUUUUUGGAUUAGGUUUAAUCGUAGGUCCCACAGUAGGCGGCGCUCUAUAUCAAGCGGGCGGUUACACGUUACCUUUCGCUGUGAUGGGUUCAGCACUCUUUUUGUCCGCGAUUUUAACUGCGUUAGUUCUACCGAAGCAUGAAGAUGGUACUGACAGAGAACAAGGACCUUCCAUGUUUAAAGCUCUCCGAAUUCCUGGUGUUCUUUUAUCCUGUGCUAGCAUAGUUGUCACAAGUAUGUCUAUAGGAUUCCUUCAAGCUACGUUAGAACCACAUCUACGUCAAUUUUAUUUAGCCCCGGUUAUUUUGGGGUUAAUGUUUGUGAUAAACGGGGGCACGUACGCAAUGACAGCCCCAGGAUUUGGAAUGCUCUGUGAUAAGUAUUGUCCACCAAAAGUUAUUACAGUUUUAGGCACUUUGCUUGUAGCAGCAGGGUUUGCUUUGGUGGGACCGGCUCCUUUCAUACCAACUCAAACAAUUCUAUGGGUAACAAUACUUGGUUUAGUACUACAUGGUUUGGGGAUCGCAGCUCAGUUAGUGGCGUCUUUCACGGAUGCUCUUAGAACCAGCAUAGCACAUGGUUUUCCGAACAACCUAGAAACUUUUGGUUUAAUUUCUGGCCUAUGGACAAGCACUUUCGCACUAGGAGCUUUCGUAGGCCCUUCAAUCAGUGGUAUUCUCUACGACAACAUUGGUUUUCGAAAUUCAUCAAUGUUCAUUGUUGGUACCCAUUUGUUCAUCGGUUUCAUAGUCGCCCUAUUUAUGAUAUGCAGCAAGAAACCGCCGACUUAUGUGGAGUUAAAGGACGAAAAGCUCUUGGCCAAUGGUGAUGUAGAAACCAGCUAUGGAAAAUCUCAACAAGUUAGCGUUACAGAAAGUGUGAAGAGUUGUUUUGUUUCUAGCAUACGGUCUGUAGGAAAUGGAAUUUCAAUCGAAAAAAGUAGACCGCCAGCUAUGAACAGUUUGAUUGCAUGUAACAGCUAUAAAAGCCAAGCCUGGCCGAAGAGAGACGCAACCAGUUUAACUUUGGGUCCGUAUAGUUACAGCUACGGAUCAGUUGACAGAAACGGACAGAGUACGUCGUAUUUACAAGGAGUUGCCUAAAGAUUUUAUUUUUGUAAAUUCGACACGAUUAUAGGAUUAAGACGGUGUAGUGACAUGAUUUUAUCAAAUGGAAAACUUUAUAAAUAAUUAAGACAUUUUAAAUUAUUUUACUAAAAUAUUGUUCCUAUUUUAUUAUGUGUAAAUAUAAAAGUCUCAGUUUUUAAUUUAUGUGCAAAUAGUAAUAAAUAUACGGCACCUAAAAUGAA